AUGCCGUUCCCUCGGCGGGUUGGUCAAGGGGCUUCCACGGUCCUGGUGCUUAUAUCUCUCGGAUUUCUGACGCCGUCUUUGUCAGAGGGUAAGUAUUUUCCUGAUCGACAUCGACGCUUUUCUUGUCGUUUGAAACUGCGAAGCUACGGCUGACAUAAGUUCAAUAAAAUGCUCUAGGCGUCUGAACAAGACAAAAACUUGUGCAGAUUGGUUUGAAAAGCAAUGCCUAUCCCUUUUCCUUAGAAUGUUAUCUCAAUUUACAGUGGCCAGACCACCUCAUGAAACGUAAAUCGGAAGCCCAAAAAAGCGAUUUCAAUUAGAAAGGACUGCUCAGGUGAAGUUGUGGUAUCGAUUAUCGUGUAGCAUACUCCAAAAAUCUCCUAGUCACGGCAGGAUGCGUCUUUCGAAUGAGUUUUUGAACAGUUGAGGCUAUCCCCUGGCAGACAUCUCUGUUAUCCCCCAAUCCAUUCCCAGUUGAUCUACGUUUUCUAUUUCUCCGCUCUAGGGUACAACUGUCAGUUAUCAUUACUUGACUAGAUUUCGCAAGUACAUAAAUCAGCACACGAUCUACAGUCUACCGACAGUUAAUUGGGUCCUUCAUCCAACCGUUUUUUUCUGGCCGUCUGCAUUGACUACGCUAGUUAAAAAAUGACAACCUAUGUGGUAUGAUCCUUUCUACUGACUUUAAUUGCCCUUACAGAUUCAACUAUGGAAUGGACGAUUAAGAUAUAUUUUAUCGAAAACAAAUAAAGAGUCUUUAUUAAACUCCUUUGGUGGCAAAUUACGUCGUCCUCGAGUUCUAAAAUUGAAGAAAAUAUUUUUUGGAUUUCAAGAACGCUUUUUCAGUUCGCGGAUAAUUGCGAACCCGACAUGUCGUAAAACUUGCGCUUAGGUUUUACAUAACCCAUGUUGUAUUCAUUCCAUUCAGGCAAAGUUAUUUGUCUUUCUCGACGCUUCUGCCAUAAAACUUCUUAACGGUUGUAGACUAGGGUCUAAACUUCAAAAACAGCAUUACUAAACGGACAAAUACGAUGUGAAUGAAUGCACAUUAAAUGAUUUUGAAAUUGGAAAUUUUUUAUAUCCAAAAAAUACCCAUUUUAUCGAAAACUGACUUCUGCCAGUCACUACGAUUUGAUUAGAGGCAAGGGCAGUUUAGAGGGCUUUGAAACACACUUUCAUUCUUUUGGAUUACUCUAGCGGGUCCUAAGUCUGCGAAUCUAGUGUGUAGAGACAGUCAUAACGCGAAUUAUCUUCUAAACGAAACACUGCGACAAGUUUUUUGUUGAGGAGCUGUGUCACACAGCGGCGGAAUAACGGCAAAACACGUCUCUGGGUCUCUAACUAGCACUUAUGUCGGAAGUUAGGUAUAGUAACUUUGCCCUAUAUGUAUAUGCAUGUAUUCUCCCACGUACGAGAGAAAUCGUAGGAGGCAUAAAUCCAAUGUCCGAUAUUUGAUGUCCCUCUGUAUCUUUCAUUUUCAGUUUCAUAUCUCGUCGUUUUUAACCCUCCGCAUAUUUCAAUUUAAUUGUCUCUCCUCUUUCUUGGCUUUCCCUUUUCCUGAUCUUCUUCCCUUUCGACCGUCAUAUUUCGAUCCCUGGUGUUUUAAUGACCGUCAACAGAGUAGACUAGGAGCGUUUUGUUGCGUAACAGCGGCAAGGAUGGGAAAUGAGAAUGGGCGUCCCCAGUACCGUGCCGAAUUCCAGAGGAGUGUCUAUUCCCCUGUUCUUACCCUAACCCUGACUUUAACCUUGGCCGUAACCCCCCUCCCCUAUCCCUUAUGGAAUUUAACGGAAGGCCAAGAGAGUGCCGCGGCAUUCAACGACCAGUGCUGUUCUUUGAAUGGUUUCGUUGAUCCGCUGGUCUGUCCCCUGCAUGCAAAGUUGUUUAUUUGCUUUGGGCCUGGAUCCGUCAGUCAGUAGGUCGACUGACGACGUCGGCGCUGCCGCUUUAUGCCUGGAAAGGUUCUUUUUUAUCGCUAGCAACGUUAUGCGCAGUCUCUUGCUCGAAGGUAGCUUGUUGGUUUGCGAUAUUUUUUUAACCUCAAUGGUCACUCAAUAAAAUUAUUUUUGUCUCGUCUGCUUCCUACAAGUUCACUCUUUAUACCUUAAGCAUUUUUUGAGGGCGGGGAUGGGGGUGGAGGUUGUUUGGUUAUUUGAUUUUGCGUCUUGCUGCCCGAAGCUUGUGGAAUUCCUUUGCGCGGGUCUCCGAGAGCUUGUCUGCACACGAGAGGAAUUUUUCUGCUUGUCUGCGACCUGAUUUGCGUAACCAUAAUGCGUGGUUAGUCUCCUUUAAGGAGUUUCCGAGGGAUUCAUUCAGUAGAGCAGUGGGUAUCGUCCUCCUCAGAAUGGUUAACGUUAGUUUGAAGGCUACAUGUUUCACGGGCGUGAGAAUGCCUCUACACCGGAAAAAACCCUCGGAACAUAUGAAAAUGACGAGAGAAUUAGACGAGUUGUCAGAAUAACCCUUACAAAUGGGCAGGGGAUUUUGACACGGUUGACAACACCUAAAAUUGCCUAUAGAAGCGAGGAGACGAGUCUCAGGAAGCACUCGUGAGGAAGUAGAUGCGAUCGCUGGGACAAGGCCAAAGUGCACGAGCGCUUCCGUAUGUCAAGAACGUUUCGGAAGCUGUCGUCUGCCUUUUUACACCAUUUGGGACUAGAGUUGCCCCCAGACCGGAGGUAACCAUCAGCUAAUUUUACCGAAGGACCCACGGACACGGCAAGAAACGUCCGGAAUCUUUUAUCGGAUCUGAUGCAGUUGCAGGCAAAGCAUCUACGUCGGAGAAACCGGAAGACAUACGUGCGUCGGCUACUGCGUCAGUUGGGCCACUGUGCCAAACAUCCGCUGCGGUAACCCAGCCUCAUCCGAAAGUGUACGACAGUGCAGGGUGUCUCCACUGCAAGAGCAAGUCAUCUGAAUUGAAGAAUGUGAUUCUUAGUAUGUAAGAUAUGACAACUACCUGCAUGCCGCUGCGUUUCGAAUGGGAUUCCUCCUGUCGGCUUCUCCGAUUUUCGUCUUCUCUCCAAAGGCAAGGAGUUGACUAUCAGUACCACAGGGUUGAUCGUCUUAAGGCUGAUGCCCUGGGUUCAUUUGCACUCAAGCAAUCUGUUGCGUCUGCAUUACUGAGAGCUCCCUGACACUUCUUCUUCUUCUCCUCUUCCCCCUCCUCCUCAUCCUCCCAAUCCUCUCUUAGCCACCUAUAGAGUAGAGGACCCAUACCCCUGUCCGACUGCCGGGUCUCAGGAAAUACGGUUCACCCUCAUUUCCAAAUUCUUCAUCGAUGCUGACUUGUACGGCACUGGCCUGACGAGAGUUUGUCUAAACAUACGUUUAUUAGACCGUCUUCUGUACCGGUGAAUGCAGAUUUUUGCGCAGUUGAGAAAAUUCAGGAAACAAAUUUUUAUUAGCUUGUUCGGUGACUUAAGUUAAAUAACCUAUCACUGACGCACUUAACCCAUGGAGCCACACUCCAGCUGCAUUAUGAGGGAAAAAACUUCACACAUCUACGACAAUCGCAUACCAAAAGAUAACCCUAGUACCCGUUAACUCGAAAGAAGUACCCCAAUUAAAGGUAGAUUCGAGUCUUCAAAAUGAGCAUUUUGACCCUCUUUUAGAUCUGUCACAUUAGAGACCGGUGACACACAUUUACAGAACGAAGGUUGGCGGGUUUAAACUUCGUAUGAUUAGUAGUCUGCAUCAUCAAAAUGCAAACAACGCCUGGCAUAUCAUCCUUCAUGCAGCCGAACCAUUCAUUCCUUACAGCCGCAUGCAAAAAUCACACUUUGUAAAAAAUGACUACUUAUGUCAUAUGAAUCGCUUUCAUUGACAUUUGAUGCCCUUAGAAAUUCAAUUAUAUUUUAUGGAAAACAUGCAUAUAAAUACUCAUCCUUUCACUCAGUUGGUAGAAACAUGCGUCGUCUUUUAAUUUUAAACUCGAAGGAAGUAUAUGAGUGGUUUUCAAAAAGUCUCCAAAUAUAUGAUUUCUUAAUGCCGCGAAAUGCCCGUUCAGAGGACAUUGUGGUCACUUAUGUCGCUUGUAAAGUUUACAAUAUUGCUCAAAUACACUGUUAAAUUUUAUGAAUUCCAUAUAGUCUCUUCUUAAUACCGCAGAGGAAUGUACGGUUUUCCGUACGCGGAAAAUAAACGGGUUGUAGUUUGGGAAUCCUAAAUGCAAGUUUAACGGGUGGUCGCAUGCAUGUUGUCUACCAAAUGAGUAAAAGAAUGAAUAUUUUUAUGCUUGUUUUCCAUUAAAUUUAGUUGAAUUUAUAAGCCUAUCAAAUAUCAGUGAGAAAAAUGCUACAUAAGUAGUCGUUUUUACAGUGUGUGGUUUUUGCAUACGGAAGGAAAGAAGUUUGUUCAAAAGCCGGCAUCCGGAGAAAACUGAAUUAUUAUUGAAUUGUACUGCAUUUUAAUUAAUUUUACAACCCCACUUAAGUAAUCUUGUCGAAACGAAGACGCAUUUCAGAAUUUCGGCUAACAUUUGGUUAGCACACUUGUUGUAUAUCCGUGGCCGACCGCUGUCAGGUAGUGGAUCCGAAACUAUGCAAUUUAACAACGGUCAGCUGAGAGCUGUGCCAGUCAUCUUUGUUUUAAACAAAAUUCACUUUUCGCACUUCCGCACGAAAGUCACCUUUGCGGCUGUGCUCGAUGGCAGCUUUAAAUUCUGCACCGGAAAAUUUUAAUACCCUACAUGUACUUCUGCCUUGCAGUAAUGCCCCCACCGCGCCUGAUAUCAGCGUUCGCCAUUUCCGGUACAGCAAUAGUUGUGCACUGGGAGGAGGAGUUCGACGUUGCCAAGGCGCUCUACCUUGUCCGAGCCACCGCAGACGACCAGGUGGAGGCCACUUGUUCCUGCACAACGCCCUGUUCAAGCUGCACGCUGGUGGGCCUUCGAGUGGGUACAGUCUACAGUGUCAGUAUGGAAGCCUGCAACGACGAGAUGUGCACUCCCUCGGACUAUGUUCUGUUUGCAACUACAGUACCCGGUGGUAGGUUGGUUUUCCCCCAUGGUCUGCCAAGCCCGAGUGCAGGAACCUAGAAACUGGGUCACUACUGUCGCUGCAUGGCCUUUAGGCGUUAGCAUGCGCCUGCCAAUCACCAUGCGGCCUUGGGCCGUCAAAGCAGGUCGCAGAUUGGCGCAGCUGCCUGACCUUGAAACGGUUGCUAAUAAGCCUUCCACCUCUGGCUUACGUGUCGCCUAUGGGGCGGGUGGGGAUGCAUGUGCGUAUUCAACCUCAUGGACAGCCAAUCACUGGCGCUCCCCCCUGUCGAGGCACGCGCAUCGAGAGCUCUUAAACUGCGCGGAUUUCGGGGGAUUUUAUCAUACUCAUAUCAUAGGAAAUGACGUUUUCUUCGAAUUUUACAGUUUGUGGAAGGAAAACCGGGGACUCAUAAUGAUAAAAAAUGAUUAGGGCGCUUACGUAUAAUAUGCAAUAAUCAGAUUAAUCUGUAUCGCUGUCAGAACGUGCAUGGUGUCUGUAUAUAGUAGAGAAUGUUUUUCGCAUUAGUAGGUAGUCGUGGGAUCACAGAUAUAUGCUUUGAAUUAAUCGCACAGCAUACGGAAAAAGAAUCCGCAAACGCCUUCAAAUGCGAGGACGCUAAACGCCUAAAAUGCUUGCGAAAGGUCGUAUUUUUGGACAUUCUUUUCGACAAAAAAGAAUCGGAUUGUCUUAACAUAUGCAACAUCGCAAAAGGAAAGAAUCAUUUAAUUAUAGAUAUCUUUUUUAUGCAGAGCAAUAUUUUAGAAAUUGGCUUAAUUUUUCAUUUUGAUUUGUCUCGCUAAUCCAUCUAAGUCAUUGUUUUUUCAUUCAAAAGUUUGUUAAAACUUUCCCUGAAAACUUUGAGGGCAGCACUUAAAAAUUACAGUAGAUGUGCUCGUAAAGUUAAAAAUAUGGAUCAAAUCCACCGUCAAAUUUUAUAAACCCUAUAUAGUCCGUCUUUAGUACCGUAGAGGAAUGUAUGGUUUCCGUACGCGGAAAAUGUACGGCUUGUAGUUUGGAAACCCUGAAUCCCCGUGUAACGGUAGAGCAGGUUCAAAAUUCUUCAGGAAUUGGAAAAGUUUAUAAAUGCCAAAUUAUGCACAUCCUUCGGACAUGAGAUUGGAAGAAGACGUAAUUGUCUACCGAAUGAGAAAAUGAAUAAAUAUUUUUAUUCUUGUUUUUCAUGAAAUAUAACUGGACUUUUAGAGGCAUCGAAAAUAAAUGAGUAAAAUUCGUGCUACUUAAGAAGUCUUUCUUUACAGAGUGUAGUUUGUGCGUGCAGUCCGAAGGAAUUUAAUUCGAAAGCCGGCAUUCUGAAGUAAUUGAAAUAAUAUAGAAUUAUUGUGCAGGAUGAUUAUUUUUACAGCACUACUUUAUUAAUCUUUUCGCAACAAAAGCGUAUUUCGGAAUUUCGAUUGCCAUUUCAUGACUUAGCCCGCCUACUGUAAGUGCAUCAGUUUGCGUGAGCCAGGCUGCGCCUAUGAGUAGAACCAAAUUUUUGGAAAAUGCUCACGCUAUUGCCAGUUAAUCGUCCUUUUUGAACUUCUCUCCCUGUUUUUCAAGGCAUUCAGGAAGGACAGCACCACAUUGUACCUCUAAACCGCCAGGAUCACGUGAUGCACAACAGUUCCUCCUUUUAAUUAUUUAAAAUUUUCAUCUCACUGCUGCGGCAGCAGCAGAAGCUGCAGCCUUACAAGAUGUGUAAUUACAGAGCUUUAAGAAAAUUCCCCCACUUCCCUUCUCCCCCCGACCUUCUACUGUGGUUUGCUCAAUUUCUAGUUCCUGGUCCGCCCACGAAUGUCUCAGUAGUUCUUCACAGCCCGACACAAGUGAAAAUUCAGUGGGAUCCUCCAGAAGUGACAAACGGUGAGAUCGCCAACUACACGGCCGUCGUCCUCCAACCGUACCUGUACAAGUGUACCUUUCGUGGAAGUGACAAUGGCUCCUGUAUGCUCUACGACCUCAUUGAAGGCAUGACGUACUAUGUGGGCGUCCGGGCCUGCAAUCAUCCCAAUGAAAAUGGCCAUGGAGGUGGCUGUGGACAGUUGUCGCCUCGGAUACCCUUCACCACAUGGACAGGCUGUAAGUUGUCCCUUCCCGGCCGCCAGCUGUAUCUCAGUGGUCACGUUCGGGACAAAGUUUCAUUCCCUCGCGUAGGCCGCAAAAAACUAGUUUUGGGAGGGGUUGUCGUAAAAGUGGGCUUCUAUCGCUGCUUCCACAGGCAGAAAACACUACGAAUAGCGCCCCUCCGUCAUCCUGGGGUGGAAGUCAAGAACGGCAGUAAAGAAUGUCUGGUGAGGAGGCUCUGGCCCGGCCACUGUUUUAGCAUGAAUCUCCCCCUCCCCCCCCCGGCUCGGGCUUGACCCCACCCCGGAAGCAUAUUUUUUAAUUUUGUUAGUAGCGCGCGUCUGAUUGGGUGUGGUCAAAGGCGUUGGUUGGUUGCCUGAAGAGCACAGACUGGGCCCGAAACGGAUGCAGCCCAGUCUCCCCCGAAUUCAUUGUGUUGCUUUGAAGGCUGUUUACAUUGCCCGCUUAUCAGUGAGCAAGCGGAUCAAUAUGCGACCAUCUCUGUCGCCAGACGACACUGGAAUUUUGCCCGGAAACUCCAAUCCCGCCAGUAAAGAUUAUUAUAGCUUGCUAAGUUCUAAUAAGCGCACACAAAACGUAAGAAAGGAACUACCGCUGUAUUUUGGUUUGUUUUGCAGUUCAUUCUGGAGAGGGCCGAUUGUCAUUCAAAAACAUGUAAGAAAUAGAAAAACAUUUCUGGAACCCCACUGGGACAACGCACGGAUCACAGAUGAAAUAAGACCAGCGGGUUUCUCGAAGUCGUCCGGGUGACUUGAUUGCAUCGAAAUUUCGAAUUACCAACGUCUACUGUCCCUUCAGAGCAGAAGGCAAUUUGUAGCCGGCGUUGUGGAAAACUAUGCGAAGUCACACUCUUUCUUGAGAACUAGGCUUCAUAAAAGUCCUCUCCACUUUGGGCCAGUUUGCGACCAUAUACAGCAACAGGAAGCAGUGGAAUCCAUCAUUGUGCCAUGCAGCCAUCCCUAUGUGAUUUCAAUGACAAGUUCAAAUGUAACUUUCAUGAUUAUGAGUAAGGAAAAAUUGACUGGUAGGCAAGCAUUUGUUUAAGUUUCCAAUCUUCUGAACUCGUGGAAGGGUCAAUUGUCAGAGUUGGCGAUAGCAGCAGAACAGUCAGCAACCAUAGGUACCAAUCAACCAGCAGUGAAACAAGUCUGCUGGUGACUGUGCGAGGCUCCGUUCGCCUGCUCCAGAUCGAUGAUUCGAUUCACUGAGUCCUCAUACGAGUUGUGGAGUUGUCAUUUUGCUAUAUGCUACCUCUGCUCUUGCCGCUAGUUCAUUUUAAUGGGAUCUCUUGGGCCGAACGCAGAAGGUGCAUUCGGCGAUUCCAGUUAACUCCAGCCAUCUUCAGGAGGUAAAUCACACUCUACAUCCGCGACAGUUUGACUGUCGAUUUCGGCAAUGUUCGCUAUGUGCUCCACAACAGAGUAAGAGCAGGAACGGUGGCUUGUGCGUGGGUUAGUUUGUAGUGAUAGCGGACUUGCGAUGCAUAUGUCGAACCCUCCUCCACCUCCACCUGGAUCCGGUGUCAAGACAGAGCCAUGAAGACCAGAGGCGGUAGAGGGCGCGAUGGCUGGCACGGAGUAAACCCUUACAUAGACGUACCAUCACACUCCCUGAUAGAAGACAGACACUGCAAGUGGUCUCAUAGCAACCAGUUGUUUCUCCUUCGCCGGGACCCACCUUCUACUUGACGCUGACUGGAAUUGUGGUGUUUCACACUCUCCCUCCCCUCCCCUCCCUUAAUCCGAGCCACAGCAUAAUUAUCUACUUGCCCGUAUCUUCUAGUCCAUUAUUCCAAUAACCAUUUGAAUGUACAGGCCUGAAAAGAAUUUAUCGAAAGCAGACCUAUGAUCGCCAAAUUGCCUUUUGAAUUUUUCAAUGGGAAUUUUCGCAAUACUAAAAGAGUCGUUUAUUUCAACCAAAAUGGGAAUUUCGCGUGAAUACCUUUGUACUCGUCGCUUUUUAGCGCAGACCCUGUCCAGUCGAAUGUCUGACGUUUGGUUUUUUCUAAGCUGCGAACUGGGCUUUUUAAUGGCUUGGUGAUGCAUCUUCUAUCGACAAAUUUCUUCCGACUGUGCGUGCUCUGCUGCAAUUCCGCUGGACAUGCGGGCAUUACGAUUUGGGGAGAAAGGCCAGUCGAAUAGUUCGGACAGCUAAAAUACGCAGCACCUCCAGUGCCAUCUGGGUACCGGCUUUUGGUUUCGUCUGGCAAUGUUUAUCGCUGUAAAAGUGUCCGAUCUUCUUCCUGAGAAGCGACUAUUGCUCUCCUUUGCACAGUUCCCUAGACUAAUCCCCUCGUUCUUCGUUCUUCUUCUUCUUCCCCUUCUUCUUCUUCUUCUUCUUCUUCACCUUCUUCCUCACCUUCUUCUCCUUCUUCUUCAUCUUUUUCUUCCUCUUCUUCUUCGUUUUCUUCUUCACCAUCUUCUUCUUCUUCCUCCUCUUCUUCUUCUUCUUCCUCUUCUUCUUUUUUAUCGUCAUCUCCUUCAUCGUCCUCUCCCCAUUCAUGCAGGUCCUACAGUUGCCAUAGUUCAAGGCAACCAUGCCAGCCACACGCAUGUAAUUACUUUCGCGGGGACCCACCUUCUAAUUGGAGCUGACUGGAUUUGUGGUGUUUCAUUCUGCCCGUACCCUCCCAUCUUUAAUUUCGAGCAACAACAUAAUUAUCUACUUGCCCGUAUCUUUUAGUUCGUUAUUCCAAUAACCAUAUGAAUGCACAGGCCUGAAGAGAGUUCAUCGAAAACAGACGUAUGCUCGCCAAAUUGCCUUUUGAAUUUUUCAAUGGGAAUUUUCGCAAUUCUAAAACAGUCGUUUAUUUUAUCCAAAAUUGGAAUUUCGCGUGAAUACCUUUGUACUCGUCGCCGUUUAGCGCAGACCCUGUCCAGCCGAAUAUCUGACGUCACUAGAACGGAAGGUUAACCUUUUUCGAAGCUGCGAACCGAGCUUUUCAAUUAUUUGGUGAUGCAGCUUUUAGCGAAAAAUUCAUUCUGACUGUGCGACUCUCAAUUUCCCACACUAUAAUCCCGCCAGACAUGCUGGCUUUACGAUUUGGGGAGAAAGGCCAAAGGAGUAGUUCAGACAGCUGAAAUACGCAGCGCCUCGAGGGACUUCGGCGUACCGGCUUUUGGUCUCGUCUGGCAAUGUCUAUCGCCGUAAACGUUUCUGAUCUCCUUCCUGAGAAGCGACUCUUGCUCUCCUUUGCACAGUUACCUAGACUACUCCCCUCGGGCCUUCUUCUUCUUCUUCAUCAUCAUCAUCAUCUUCGUCCUCUUCCAAUUUAGAUAUUGAGAGCACAACUCUGAAGAAGUUGACCCCUCGCCUUGGCAGGCUACCCAUGGUGCAGGAAACAACGCAAGCCAUGAUCAUCUUGCCCUUUUCUGUCCUCGAUUUGAAUGUCACGGGGCCGUUUAUGUCCGCCACCAUCGUCGUGCAUUCCGGUCACCGGCCGGCAAAUGAGGAAGGCACUGAGCACUCUGAACUGCCAUUCGAGAGGACAGGGCCAUUGGAAGACCCAAAACAUGAAAUCGGCCCUGCACCAACCUAUCCCAUUGAAGGUGUAAGUCUCAGUUCUUGAGGACGUUUUGGCUACACGGUUUCCAUACGGCUGGUGCCGGCGGUUGCCCAUAGGGUCACCGAGACCUGUUAACGUCUUCAACAUGUGCUCACUCUGUUGGGUUUUCUAGACUUACAGAAACAACACGAACGGAACCUGGGAAGUGCUGGUCAUCAAGGAAUUUCCAAACCGGACGCUUUCACUUCCAGAUAUGAACUUUGUCCUCGGCGACGGCCUUGGUCGGCCCAAGAAAUCACACCUCUACAACGGUGCCCUGGAGCCAGGCACUGUGUACACGUAUGUCCAAACGCAUCGCAAUCCUUUCCCUAACCCAACCCGCAAAGUUGUAGGCUUUCUGACCAAUCUCACCCCUCUAGGCUGCGAUCCCGCAGAGGGCAAAGUAGAAGGCUUUGGGUAUCCACGCAGACUUGGCGUAAUCCAGAUGAUAGAGUUUGUGGUUUUGCUGGGGUCCCAAGUGCGACUUGGACCACACGUGAGGUCUGCUUGUAAUGACCGUCGCGGGGAUUCAGGCAGUCAUCUUGUAAUAAAAAUAAAAUAUUCCUGAUUCCUCCGAGGGAGCCCCCCCCUGCCCGACAGUUGAACAGUUGAUUCCAACGAUGUCCACCACGUGCUACACAGCAAGGUGCAGCAGGCACGGUGACGUUUAUAGUGACAGUGGACUUGCGAGGCACCUAGCGCACUCUCCCUCUUCCCCACUCCCACACCUCGACUCGGUGUGAAGACAUAAUCAAGAUGACCGAAGGCGGGGGAGGGCACCGAUGGCUGGCACAGCCCGACCCGCACCUAGACCUGCCACCACAACCCCUGGUCCACAACAUUCAGGGGUCAGGAAUCAUUAUCCUCUUCAUCCUUAGCAUUAGCAUCAUCGUUGCCCUCAAAAUCAUAAUUCGGAGGUAUGUUCCAGCAUGAUGACCGGUGACUGAGGAGGAGGUAAGCAGCGAAUAGUGUAGGACCAUAAAUGAACCUUGAAAGAUCGCAUCUCCAGCGGUAGUCGACGCCGAACACCCAAUCGCUAGUGAUUGAGAGUGCGUGUUUCUCACCAACCCCACGAAACUGGAUGUCACAGAAGUUGAAGAUGGGAUCACCGGAACGAGAAAUUUUUUGGCCUGACGUUUUGGAUUUUCCCUCAAAACCAUCAUCAGAGACAUUCGCAGAUAAAGGUGAUGGUGGCACAAGGAUUGCAGUAUUUAUAGCACGUGGCUGCCUAGGCACCAUAUGCGACACUGUAAUUAACAGUUCUCGCAAUUACCGCUGGGGUCGUACUUGGUGCUGUGGUGGCUUGUCGGUUCGAUUCCUAGUCUUUAAUGGCAGUGAUUUCGUCAUCCGUGCUGGAUGCUGGUGCCACGAUUGCUAGGCAAAUUAGCUCACUGUCACUGGGAUAAUUGCUCGUCCGCGCCCUUCCCACGUGACUGAUUUCCCUGCCCAGGGAAAAUCUCAGAACGGAAUAUGGUACCUGGAGGUCAUUGAGGCGCGGGUGAGCAAUUAUCCCAGUGACAGUGAGCCAACUUGCCGAGAAAUCGUCAUACCAUCAUCCAGCACGGAUGACGAAAUCACGGCCAUUAACGACUCGGACUCGGACUGACAAGCCACCACCGCAUCAGUUACUACGCCAGCGGUGAUUGCGUGAGCUAUUAAUUACAGUGUCGCAUAUGGUUCCACGGCAGUCACGUGCUAUAAAUACUGAAUUCCCUAUGCCUUUAUCUGCGAAUGUCUCUGUUGAUGGAUUCAAGUGAGAAUCCGAAACGUCAGGCCAAUAAAUUUCUCGUACCAGUGAUCGUAUCUUCAUCUUCUGAACUGCUACCUGGAACUCGCCUGUUCGCUUCUAUCUGGACGUUACAACUGAUGGGAUUGCUCAGAUGCUCACGCGAGUCAGUCUGUUUAGAACAAGAAGAGCACUCUGUUGCUUUCCCACUCAUCGUCCGAGGACUACAAUUUCAGAAUGGUAUCACCGAAAAAGACUAGGGAGACUGGAAUGGCCAUUUCUGGCUUAUUAGCGGCCGUCAGCCAGUCAUACCCAAACCCGAGGUGUGGAACACCUGAGGCUCGAUCCCGCGACCUGUUAGUUAGAAGUCCAACGCCUCUGACCACUGAGCCACGAUAUGGUUGUCCUGUCGGUUUCGAUGAGGAAUACACAAUUGCUGAGGGACGCUCACCGAUCGUUCUCACGGAACUCACUCACUUCUUUUUCAGACUACGGUUUUCUGGGAACACCACACACAACCCUGUCUGAGCCUCUAGCUGGAGUGCCCCUUAAAUGCGACGCGUUACGAGGGCCAAAAUACGGGUACAUUAACUACUGCAUGAUGCUCAAAGGAGUCAACAAAAUCCCUUUAAUUCCAACCGUUCGGAAAAGUUUUUAAAGGUUGCACAGAUGCACCUGGUACUUUAUUGAUGUUCUUCCUCUUACUCAACUCAAUGAUAGGAUCGCUUGUCUCUAAGGUGAUCAGCACAUGUACACCGCUGUUUUGGAGAGCUUCUUAAUCAAAUUACCUGAGUACGUGAACUAACUAAUUUCCCAACCCUAUAAAAGGACAUUGGGCCGCAAAAGAUAAGAUAUUAGCAACGUUUGUUGAAUAUACGAGGUGGUAGAAAAGCUUCGUAUCACGAGAACGCAUGUACUGCCUUAAAAGGCCUGACUGCUAGAUAGCACUGAUUAAAGCGCGGUUUUACGGCGUUGCUCACUUACUGCGUUUCAUCAAAACCAUACUUAGUUCAUAUCCAAAAUUUUGACAAUGUGCCAUUUAUUGCAUUCAUUUCGUUACGAUGUUUGCAACCUUUUCAGGGUCACACUGCGCCUCUACUUUCAAGACAUCUACUUUGAAUCUUCGCCGCUAGUCUUUCGGACGAAAAGUAGGUGCCCUAAGUUGCCUUUAUUCUCUUAAAUACCACCGAGGACACUGAUUUCGUAGUUCUGCGGUUGGGCGUCCAGAAGCCGCGUGUAGCGUACGGAACCCUUGACUAAAUUAGGACAAAGGUCUACUAGUUACAUCGGCCAGUAACGACAGAAUGAGACGUUAUUUGUUGAGGGAAAGAAAGUGAGAGUGAGAAGUGGAGAAUGGGGAAAUUAUGCCUAAAUAAGCAGUUUCAUGCGCGUCAGAAUGCUCAUCGGUAACGACGGCGACAUGGGUCCUCUACCUGAAGUAGGAGGGAGAGCUUGUGUGUGAGUGUGCGUGGAAUUCGUUGACCUGCUUCUCCUGGUGAACAAAAUAUGUGGGACCAAGUUCAACGUGAAGCUCUGGUCCGAUAUUCUCGCAUGAUGGUUGCAAUGUUUGGAGUAAGAAGGACGAAGCGGCGAGGCGGGCAGGAAUGGCUGACACAACGGGAACCACCAACUGGAGUCAUGAGCUGAUAGAAUCCGUGACUUACAGGAUUCAGGCUCAGCUUUUGGGCCGUCCUGGAUCGCGGUAGGGGCAUGACUGGCUGGCAACGACCAAUUCCGGAAGUUCUGAAACUCUAUCUUGCAUUUUUUAAAGAUUGUUCUAGUACUGAUUACACCUCCGCGCGUUAUUGCCUGACAGGACUGUAGACUACUACCACAAGAUAAGACAGAAAGUCGUAGAGCCAUGAUAGAUAGGUCAAUAUACCUUCUAGCGGGGCCUCAAGUGUUCCCGAUGGAACCCGCGCAUUGUGGGGCCAAGCGAGUCCCAGCUAGAUCAUCAGCCUUUAAAGGCUUAAUUCUCAUUUAUGGUUAUCCUACGACUGAUUUUUAGCUAUCAGUGAUCACCCGAGCCUGCCUUUUUACAUAUUUGCGCAGGAAAGGGAGUGCUUACAAAGACUAGGCAGACUUGGACGACUAUUUCUGGCUUACUGGCCGUCAUCAGCUAAGCCCUACCGCACCCAAAGCCUGGACGACAUGACGAUGGCCUAUGAACCGGAAAUGUCCACCCCACUUCCCUUGCUCGUCUCUUCCUCGCUCGUUUUACUGGCUGAUAUGCGGCUGCCUAAGAGGGUACGAGCACGUUCCGUGACUCGAUCGAUGAACCUCCCCACACCGUGGUCCCGCGCCAGUUAUGUGCGUACACUGAUUGGCUCCCCUGUAUCCCGACGCAAGCACUUAAGGGAAGACCACUGUUACAGAGCCGGCUGUGUCGAUUUCUUCCAAAUAUCUCGUUUGUGUUCGCUCUUGCUAAAGGAGUAAAAAUCGACCAGUAACUCAGGAGAUACGCUGCAGAGGAACACUAAAUCCGAAGCUGGCAGCCCCGCAAUGACCACGGAUGCGGUGCCCAAUCACUACUGUCCUAAUGCACUGGCACGGUGUGCUGACCAAUCAGGUCCCAUCAUUAAGAUUGAGCGUCAUUUUUGUUUUCGUUUAUCGCAGUCAGCAGGGCGCAAGAGUUGAGCUGAGUCUGCAGAGAGCACUCAGCCGUACAAUAGCUUUAAAUCGGAUCGUGCGCGUUUUCACUUUCAGAGAAGACCAGUCAAAAAGCGUUUGAAGGAAAUAGCCUGACAGGGUCAAUAUAUUUACUUACCAGGUCCCUAGGAUUUUGAACUGGGUGACAUAGUAUCAGCCUCAUUGACUAGACGGGUACUUUAUCUGACGACACUGACGUGUUUUGAAGACAGAAGUUUGAGCUAAAUGUUAACUCAUGGUUUUAUACUCCGAGGUCUAAACGGUUGUAAGCUGAUAACUGUCAGUGAGUACUCUAAAGCUUAAAGCGAGUCCGCCACUGCAACUCCUGUAUCGUGUUUUAGUAAGUAUUGGUAGAAAAGACCGUUACCCUCCGACUCGGUAGCCGGUGUUUGGGCAAUCAGCAUUUGUAGCUAGUAUAUCGGCAAAAAGACGAGUUCAAAACGGCCGCUCUUGGUAUACUUAAUGGUAGCUAGGUAAGACCUUCAUGAAACCUUACAAAACUGAUGGCUAAACACUAGUUCUAGACGGAAUCUGUUACGAUUCGAUCGCGAACUCAACCUAUUCGUUGAUGCUGUUACAGAUCUACGAAGUACGUGGAGCUUGGUAGUCAUCUGGCGGAUUCUCUAUGAAUCACCUGAGAACUCUUGCUUGCAAAAUCAGGUUCCUGUAUCAGAUUCGGUGGAUUCCAGACGUUGCAGUAGGUUGGGUGGGUAAACUUCCAUCAAAUGUGAUUAAACUCGCAUCGUCCGGUGAGACCUCGUAGCUCAGGUGACUAGAGCGUCGGUUGUACUAAAGCCGUCCCUUGCUGUUGUGGAUUCGAAUCCAACCGAAGUACCAACUUUUUCACAGGUGGGUCAAUAUGAACUUAACAUAUCGCUUUUUUCAUCUGGCAUGUUUAGCGUCCCCAAGGAAACAACCAUGAGAAGGACAGUUGUUCUUUUAAAAUUUUAUUAUGGAGACAUGGGGCGCAAUUAAUCCUUCAUUGCUGUUCCUGAUAAAACCUGAAUAACCGCCUACUCACAUUCUUCUGCCGUUCUCCCAGGGAGACCUGUUACACCGCUGAUCGUAUUUGGAACCUUCGGUACUCUAGGCGUGCUGGUACUGCUAGGCUUUUUCAUUCUGCUGGCCUGCAGACGGCCAAGUGAAUACGCGAUGUUACUCAACGAAUCUCGUGAUGCGUAAGUUGUGCAUUCUCUAAAACAGUUUUGCAUCGAGAAACACCUGGGUAAACUUGGAGAAGGAGACACGAUGGCUGGGACAAAAGCUUUAUUAGCCUGACGUUCCGGGUUGCUGCUCGAACCCAUCAUCAGAGACAAUAGCAGAUACGAGUGGUUCAUGUACAAGUGGCUGCAGAAUUAUAGGAUGCAGGCGCCAUGCUACUGCAUACCUAUGAAUAUUCACGGCUUCCUCCUCCCCUUCAUCAGGGAUCCUUGUACGUGGUGUGAUGACAGUCUGAUGGCCGAUAUUCGUGCCGUUAAGAGCCGCAAUCUCAUCACGUGCGUUGGAUGUAGGUGUGAUCGCUGAUCGUGACUCCUUCUUCAAGGCUGCUUCUUGGGACUCGUCUCUUCGCUUCUAUUGGCGUGGAUGCACUUUUAUGCCUUCUUAUCUCGAUGAUCGCUUGGUCCAUUGCAGGCAAAACCAUCUUCUUUUUUUUCGCGUGUUGACUUUAUUUGACACAUAUUUUCUACCCAUGUGGUUUCUAGAGGGAAGAACGAGGAGGAAGAUAGGUGAGCAAAUUUUUAAUUAACAUGGCUUUUCUUUGAUGUGUUUAGUGUCUCGGAUAAUACAGUAGGUGAGCUAACUCAUGAAAUGUCAACCGAAAUACCAAAAUGUGUUGUCUUUUCGAAAAGAGUAGUUAAAUAGUGUUGUAAAACAGAUCAUCCUGCAGCAUAAUUCUAUAAUAAUUCUUUUACCCAGGAAUGCUGGCUUUCGAACCAACAUCUUUCCGGCCAUAUGCAAAAACCACACUCUGAAAAAGUGACUACUUAAUUAGCAUGCAUUUUUCUCAUUGAUUUUCGGUGCUCUUAAAUAUUUAAUCAUCUGUCAUACAAAAUAUACAUUCGGUAGAAAAUUACGUCUUCUUCUUAUUUUAUACUCAAAGGAAGAAUAUCAUUCGGUUUUACAAAAGUUUCUAAUAUUGAAUUAUUAUAAUACCAUGAAAGCCAAUAUCCUGGCGUAACUGAAUUAUUAUAGAAUUAUGCUGCAGGAUGAUUAGUUUUACAACCCUACUUAAUUUAGCUUUUCGAAACGAGUGCGCAUUUUGGAAUUUAGGUUGACAUUUCGUGAGUUAGCCCAUCUUAUGUACUUUCUUUUAGUUGUUAGUCUGUACGUGGUGGACCUCGCGUACCGACAGCUUGACCGUUGUUGCGACGGUGUCAACCGUGUGCUCCACAGCAAAGUGAAGCAGGCAUGAGGACUUGCGCGCGAAUUUGAAACUUGCGCGGCAUCUCCCGCACUCUCUCCUCCCGCCCCACCUGGACCCGGUGUCAAGACAGAGUCAAGAAGACCGGAGAGGGGGGAGGGCGCAGAUGGAUGGCACGUUUGAGUCCGCGCCUUGGCAUUCCACUGCACACCCUCUGGCCCACACACCAUAGGAAAAGGUUUUUGACCAACAACAACAACAACAACAACAACAACAACAACAACAACAAUGGGUAGGGGUGACAGGGGUCACAGAAUGCUCGAUGAUUGCCGACAACCGAGUAUUCCACCGCACCCCGAAUGUUGACAUUUGUUAUGGCGCGCAUUCCGACAACGCCUGCCAGGAGCCAUUAUUGCCCCCGUGUUGGUCCAGCUCAUCUUCCACGUGGACCGUUUGGUGGGGGGGGGGGCAAUACCGCGUAACACACAUAUCUAGACCACAUAUAAAUUAAGCCCUCAUCGCCUACUACACGUGCGAAUCGUUCACCUCGCACGCAGGUGUUCUUUGUUGCAGUUUGACGCAUGAUUUAGGAGAGAGAUAAGAGAGUGAGGUCGACGCCGAAAAAUCCAUCUCCACGAAAAUCAACUCAUUCCUUACUGUAAUAAAUCCGCCGCGUCUGAAUUUACCACACGGCUUGGAAAGCUGCCACAUGACGGAAGAGUUCGGUUUUCUGAGUAAACACUGCAUAGACUCGGUCGCGUUCAACCCUCAUCGCUAUCGCGCAUUCACCUCACGCAUCGGCCUGGUCGGUCACCUGCGAAUCCGCUGCACAGACCCUGACGAAUCACUGCCUCUAGUGCCAGCGUACACUCGCCGUCAUCGCCUCAACCGCGCACAUUGUCUCCCCACCUUUGCAUGGGCCUCUGCGCGAAAUCGUCGCAGACUGCACCACGGGGCAACGGUAUGACCCCACUUUACUGACGUCAGACUGUGGUUCACGUCAUAGGGGGUUUUUAUUUUGGCAUCCAUUUGCACUACACACACACUUCUCCAUCACAAGAUGCACCACACAUGAACACCCUCAACAUCACCCAACAACUCAGGUACCUCUCAUGUAAGCGAGAAAUGUGUCCUCCCACUCCUUCUCCACGUGACUCCCCUACUUCGUGUGAAAUCUGAGCUGUCGACUCUCUUGUGUGAAACACAGGUCUGUGCCUAUGGGGGGCCAGGUCGUAUGUGUGGCACGCGCAGACAAGGUCCGUCAGCCACAGCGCCCAUUUCUUGCACCCGGCUCGGACAAUGGCCGGAGUCUGGCGAUGAUAAUAGAGAGUGAGGCCGACUUCUCAGCGCACCUUCCUCACUAAAAACAGCCUGACGCUCAUGAGGCUAUCACGGUGCGUUGCAAGUCGUGGCUGCCAACUGCCGGGAUAGCUCGGCCCUUGUGUGUUUGUGUGGAGUAGCGGACUGGUGGACCGCGAGUUAGAAUGCAAUGAAUCCUUCUUAAUGUGGCCUCUAUGGCACUCCAUAGGAUUUGAGGCUGCCCCCCCUGUUCUCUUGUAGUGUGUACAAUCUUGACCAGUAUGAGCUGUGGAGCACAGAAUGUGGUGGUACGCAUAGGCGCGGGUGUACGCCGCGCCAGAAACCUGCGUCCUCUCUCGUCUCCGACCGUCUUGACUUUGUAACGACCCCCGGGUGCAGGUUCGGGAGGAGGAAGGAGUGCGGUAGAUGCUGUGCAAGUCUACUAUUGUGCUGUCCCUGGUCUCACCCUGCUGUGGAGCGCACAGUAGACGUCCUCGGCAAUGAACUGCCACAAUAUUGUGUUAACUUCUAAUCGUUGAUUUUUCACUCCGUUUUUUCUUUGCAACUUUUGAAGCACGAUGCAGGAGAGUGAAUGGUCCCAUUUGGAAGGCACCUCAGAAAACGCGUUAGGUAGGCGGCCCUCUGUGUUUUCUUAUAUAACUACGCAAAAUCAAGAAGAAUUUGCCUGUGAUAAGCACAGGCAAGGUGUUGUUUUGUUUUACUGAUAGCUUCAAAUGUCUCAUUACAUCCCGCCUGCUUCCUGUCCUGCGUGUUGUCCACCGGUUAAACCCCCUCUACCACCAUUCAAGGUAUGACACGGUCCAAAGGCUACCUCAAGCUGUCUGGGGUCUUACACCCUACCGUUGCCCUGGGAAACUUUUAGGUUUUUUUGCAUAACGUUUACACAUCACGUUUGAAGUUCAAAAAACUCUAUGAAGAAAACAUUUUUGAAAGCUUUUAGACCAGUCAGAGUAAAGUACGUGAGUAGGACUUCGACUCCUUCCUAUGACAACCAGCGGUAAGUCCAACUUUGAACGUGGUAAGCAGAAACAUCUCGUACGAACACGUAAAUAGCAUCACUUGCUUCGUCUAGUGUAAAAUAAUGUAGCUGACUUUUGAUGCUAGAGUGACUUAGUCAACGUCAGGCACUUUAGACUGCACCUGACAAGGCUGUGUCUGCUGAGUUUCUUUCACGUGAACCUAUAAGGCUUCUUCACUUACAAAAACAUAAUUUCCGCCAGAUUUCUGACUUUAACUGAGAUUAAUUUUUACAUGGCGUUAUUUUAACCCAAAUGAACGCGACGUAACUUAUACUGUCGAAAAGUCGGUUGACAAAUAUGUGUUCAGUAACUCAUCAACAGGCCAAUGCAUUUACAUGGGUAAUGACCUUUUUAAUUAUGGACAGGUUAUAAAUGCAUCGUAAGGUUAGUCAGAAUCCAUGUUCCCACGCCGCCCGUAUGACGGAGUCAGCGUGUUGAGGACGCUGGAGUUGGGAUGGGAGGGAGGAAAGACAUGGGUUUCGGUAAGAUUGUGAGUUCUGAAUGCAUGUUAAACACGCGGAGGGUGUGUGACUGUUCUUAGGGCGUCGGGACGGCGUGCGAUCAACACCGGGAGAUGGACGGCUUGUGUCAACGUCUUCUGAAAACAGAGCGAUGGGCCGGACGGCGUGCGAUCAGCACCAGAAUUCGGACAGGGAAGACGAACUGCUAGUACCAACCCCUUCUGACAACAGAGCGCUGGGUUCGCUAGUUGAAUGGCCACUGCUUCGGCUGUGGCAAGCUGCGUUUAUACAGGUCUUUAGAGUAGUGUGCCGGCGCCUUGUAGAUAACUUAAGACUUUUUUAGCUUCUGCUUGGUGGUUCGUAUCGAUUAGAUGUGCGAAAAAGGAACUUGAAAUCGAUCGAGUUUCCCCUCCACCUAUCCAGGCAGGCAUGUGUUCGCGUACCCUCUUUUCCAAACGCCUCGCUGUACGGCCAAUAUAUCGCGCUCCGUAGGAGCAGGUGAAUGAAUAAAUACACAUAGGGGGGGGCAAAGGCCGACUGCUGUUACAGGCCACUUAGUGUGCUAUGAAGGUCCCAGUUUGACAAACUAUGUGAAGAUAAUAAAAAACUACAAAGUAUUGCAUUUAGUUGAUAGUCCUUUUGUCUGAAAUAGACUAAUAAGUUUGAUGGACGUAGGAGUUACUACGUUAUUUAUGGUGGAUUGGUCACUGCAAUAUUCAAAAUUUGUUGCAUUGGAAAGUGUUUUAUUGCAGGGACUAAAAUGAUUCUCAAACCGUAGGCGGAGUGGCUGGUUUGUGGUCUAAAAAAAUAAAUUAUUGUCGUGAGGUGCAUCGGAAUCAUACGCCCUUUGAGCAGUGAAUGGGAGCAUUAUUCCUCAACGUCAUCUUGUCCAUUUGCCGUCGGUUAAUGACAUUGUAACCGAAGGCAUCUUUGACGGUAUGGAUAAACACUUUGCUAUUUAUGGCGUCUGUCAGUUUCUUCGUUAGUUGAUGGCUACUCAGUCGUCGGGAGUUCUUGAAAGUUGCAACCAGUACAUUCUCUUCUCGUGGGUAGUUCUUACAGGACGACUUCGGAGGGCUGUCGAAAAAUAAGACCUCAUCAGAAAAGUAAAUGCCCUAUCCGAUGAUAGCCUGUGAUCAAUAUGUUCCUCAGAAAAUGAAAAGGAUUGGGCCUAAUUAGUUCCCUACUUAAAAUGACUUUGUCACGACCUUUCGAUAAGAGAUAACAUUGACAAGUGCCCUUUAUUAAUAGUUCUUAUGUCUGACGAACAAGAUCGUCGUUCAUCUUGCCUGUAGACCGUUUUGUUCCAUAUUGAUUAUUUCUAGGCAUACGUCUAUCUUUAAAAAUUCGCCAGUAUUGCCUGAAUAAUAUUGAAAAUAUUCCCUUACAUCGUACACGGCAAGCAUUCCGCUGCUGCUGUCCUUAUGCGCUCAACGUCUACGACCGAAGCAAACUACCUCGGCGCCUUUGUCAUCCGUCAUCUCACGGGCGCUGUAUGCAUUAUAAUCUUACAAUUCCAAAAAAUAUUAAUGAGAAGUUAAUUUCAGACGCAUUAUUUUUGAAUUAAUCCCAAAAUGUCAAUGAACGGUUAAAUUGAAGAAACAAACACAGGCAACGUCAGGGAAUCUAUCGAGGCAUCAAAUUACUCAUGUUUUCGUCAGACAGAGACAGAAACCUCGGCGAAACCCGCGUGUUUGCGAUUGCUGCUAAGGCCUACUUUGGGAGUACGAUAUAACCGCGCCAUUUAUUUGUUUUCGUCUUUUAUCGGUCAUUGUGGUGGGAAAAAAAGUGGUGCUAAACUAGUUUAUUACUGCGUUUAACGACGAAGGCGCCACCAAUUUGCACAUCAACACUCUUAAAGCUGAAAUCGCCUCUCGUUUUUAUGAGAAUAGCACGAUUUCUCAAAUGUGACCUCACCUGAUUUUCAAGCAUCCAAACUCAGAUGCUCCCAUUCAGAAGACGCUAAUUGGAAACGCGCACUUGCAAGUGGUUUUAGCCUGUGAUACACACAACAACAAAGGAAAUUACGUCACCAAAGACCUCUUUGUCAAUGAAAGCCAUUCCUCUCCUCAAAUUAAUCUAAUAGACAUAUAAUGUCAACACUACAUGUACGUCAUACUACUCAAUCAAGUCUUCGCUACGAAUACUAUGAUUUGUGCCAUCACCUGCAUAUUAGUCAUUCAGAGACCUCGGGGGUAGUCGCAUUGAAGACAGCGGGGCGUAAUGUAGGCAGAGUAACAUUACCGGCAAGCACAAGGGUGACUGGAGCAGCCAUUUCCGGCUUACCAGCCGUCGCCAGCCAGCCAUAUUCAACCCCCAGGUGUGCAAUCCCUGUGGCUCAAACUAGCGACCUGAAAGUUAGGAGUCCAACACGCUCAGCCACUGAACCACGGGCACAUUGUCCUGUCGGGUUGGAUCGGAAAUAUACUAUGGAAGGGGACGCUCACCGAUCGUUCUUGCGUAACUGACUAGUUUCGUUGUGCCUUACGGGCUCUCUCUCUCUCGAUUUCAACCAGCAGCUGCGAAGCGGCGCCUGAUAUAUAUAUAUAUAUAUAUAAUGUUAGGGGGCGCUCACCGAUCGUUCAUACGGAACUCACUCGUUCCGUUGUGCCUUAAGAGCUCUCUCUCGAGCCCAACCAGCAGCCG